CACUCGCCACUUAGCAAAAGUACUUUUUAUCAUAAUGUUGAUAGCUUAUUUGAUCUCUUGAAACUGAUUACAAAGAAAUAUUAUCGUAAAAUUAAAAUGUUUUGUUAUCGUAUUCAGUUUUCAGUCCUUUGGCGAACUAUCCACAGUCAUAAGUUUUGUUUUUCUUACACCAUGUCCAAGGCGACCUUUAGUGAUUUGGUGCAAAUAUUCCGUAGUGGAGUUUUAGUAGUGCAACCGGACAAAUUAAUUAGAAACUCAGUAAAUUACAAUGCUACUACCGAAAAGUUAAUAAUAGCAGGUGAUAGCUACAACUUGCAAAACAAAGAUGUAUUCCUAGUAGGAACAGGCAAGGCGGUACAGAAUAUGGCAAAAGAACUUGAAAAAAUACUUGGUGGAAAAAUCAAGCAUGGAAUUGUAAGCAUACCUGAUGGAAGUAAAAGUGAAACGGUCAUAAACAAGUACGUCCGGUACAGUGAAGGUGCUAAGAACAAUCUGCCAGACAAAAAUGCCGAAGCUACUGCUAUAAAAGUCAAGAAAUUAGUCUCUAGUUUGACGUCAAAUGAUUUACUAAUAGUCUUGAUAUCAGGCGGUGGGUCCUCACUUUUGCCGUUACCAAGAGAGCCAAUAACUUUAGAAGAGAAAUGUGGACUAGUGAAGAAACUGGCAAACGCAGGGGCAGAUAUAGUGGAACUGAACACAGUUAGAAAAAGAAUAUCUGAGCUAAAAGGAGGACAAUUAGCUAUGAGAGCUCAACCAGCUCAAGUUGUGUCUUUGAUCCUCUCUGAUAUAGUUGGAGAUCCUCUAGACUUAAUAGCUAGUGGUCCUACAACAGAAAAUAAUGACGAUCCAAAUGCAGCUGCAGAUAUUAUCAAAAAGUACAACCUUUAUGAGCAGCUGCCUCUUUCUGUUAAAACUAUAUUGAAUGAAUUAAAUGACUCAAAAGAAUUUCCCAAAGAUAAAGUGAACAACUACAUCAUUGGCUCGAAUAAAGUAAGCAUUCAUGAAGCAGCUAAUCAAGCUGAGAAACUUGGAUAUUUACCAAUAUGUCUAUCACACCAAGUGAUCGGUAAUAUUGAAAUUGUAGCUCAGGAGUAUGUUAAAUUAGCUGAACUAUUCUGCAAGCUUAUUGAAGGUACACUGAAUAAAGAAGAAUUUAAAAGUUCAAUCGAUUCGCUGAAUAUUCCAGGAAUAAGCACAAACUUUAUUGAAGAUGAUAAGGUUAUGGAUUUAUUAAAACAUAAGGAUGUCUGUUUAGUGUUGGGGGGAGAAAUAACUGUAGAAGUAAAAGGAAAGGGUAAAGGAGGAAGAAACCAACAGCUGUCUUUGGAAUUUUCCAACAUCAUCCACAAAAUCAAAGGCAGAUUCAGCCAUUUUGAAGUUGAUUUUCUUAGUGCAGGAACAGAUGGCAUAGAUGGGCCUACAGACGCAGCAGGUGCUAUGGGAUAUCUGGACUUAGUAUCAGAGUCUAAGGAAGUUAAUAUUGAUAUAAAUGAUUAUCUAAAUAACAGUGAUUCUUACAACUUCUACAAAAGAUUUAAAAAUGGUGAACUACAUGUUUUCACUGGACAUACUAACACUAAUGUUAUGGACAUACAUUUAAUUGUGAUAAGGAAGAAGAAAUGAUAAUAUUAUAAUAUUUUUAUGAUUGUGAAUGAAUAAAACAAUAAAUAAUCUAUUGAUA